AUGGCGUUGAUGAGCCUUGGCGCCGCCGUGUACUCCUACUUCUCCACGCCCACCGCGCGGCCGCGUCCCCGAAGAUGUAUCCUGCCGUUUCGCGCCGCCGCCUCCCCUGCGGCGCUGGACCGCCGGCGACGGCCGCAGAACGUGGCCGGCGAUUUCUUCGUCGGUGAGCAGAGCAAGAUACAGCUUCUCUUUCUUUUCCUCCAACAACAAGAGCUUUGCCUGACUGCCGCGCGGUGUUUGCCUUUUCACGGUUUCAUCCCCUCGGCGGCGCCGCGCAGACCACCGUUGCAUCGACUGCCAGACCUGCCGAUGGAUGGCGCCGCUUCAGUCGCUUGGCUAUGGCUAACACUACCAUCGCGUGCCGGCAUGCAGGAGGUGUUCAAGAGGGUGGAUGGCAAGGCCGCCGUAGCUGCGCAGCCUAACUCCGAGGAGGAGAGGACCAAGGCCCUGCAGGCGCUGCUCUCCUGUCCAACAUCCUCAAUUCACACUGAAAAACCUCCAAAAGACAUGCUUAAAGUGCAAAACAUGUUUCCUCUUCCAAUCGACGACAAUCUACUCCCAGGCAUUUAUCUCUGUGGGUACAAUUCUGAAGACUCGUAUGGGGCAACAUCGUACCUGGUAAUUCAUCCACAAGGAAACAUACUGAUUGACAGCCCAAGGUAUACUCCAAAGCUGGCCAACAAUAUUGAAAAGCUUGGUGGAGCGCGCUACAUGUUUUUGACCCACAUUGAUGAUGUGGCGGAUCACAGGAAGUGGACUGAGCAGCUAAAAUGUAAAAGAAUAAUUCAUUCAGGAGAUGUGGAGGAGACUACUGCAGAUGUUGAGUGGAAACUUGAAGGAAAUGGGCCAUGGAACAUAGGAACAGAUUUUGAACUUAUCCAUACGCCAGGCCAUACCCCAGGUUCGGUCUGCUUGUAUUGCAAACCGCUAAAGGUGCUGUUCACUGGAGACCAUGUUGCAAACUCAGAAGAAUCAGACGACCUGAAUCUCUUUCUGAUGUACAGCAAGCAGUCAGUGAGCCUUCAGCUGGAAAGCAUCAGGAAACUAUUGGAGGUAGAGUUCGAGUGGCUUUUACCUGGGCAUGGCUAUCGAAUCAAGUACAAAGAUGUGCAGGCCAAGAAUGCAGCCAUAGAGUCCCUCCUAGCAAACUACACAAGCUAG